CACCCCUUUCCGGGUCAAUGACGUUCCCAUAGGGCCCCGAAACCAUAUAUUAAGUUACCAUGCCACCCCUCCUUCCAAGCCCUUCUCCCAGGCUUCGACAUCACCCAGCCAAACAUGCACGCACACACUCUGGGACUGCUGGCUUUCGCCGGCGCUGUGCUCGCCCAGAGCCAGUCAACCCAGUACACGGCCACAGGAACCGCUGCCGUGGAUGCUGCUCGUGCGACGGCCAAGACGCUGAGCCCGACCAGCAAUGUCAAGGGCAAGGCCUUUGACAGGAUUGCCAUCAUCUGGCUCGAGAACACCGACUACGAGCUCGCUGCCGGUGACCCAAACCUCGCGUGGCUCGGAAAGAAGGGCAUCACGCUCACAAACCACUUCGCCGUCACCCAUCCCAGCGAGCCCAACUAUGUGGCGGCCAUCGGUGGCGACUACUUCGGCAUGAACAAUGACAACUUCAACUUCAUCGACAGAAACGUGUCGAGCAUCAUCGACCUCCUCGAGGAGAAGGGCAUCAGCUGGGGCGAGUACCAGGAGGACCAGCCCUACUCGGGCUUCGAGGGGUCCGCGUGGGUGAACCAGAAGAACGGCAAGAACGACUACGUGCGCAAGCACAACCCGGCCGUCAUUUACAACAGCGUGUCGCGUGAGACGGACCGGCUCGCCAAGAUCAAGAACCUGACCAUGUUCCACGAGGACCUGGUCAACGACGCCCUGCCCCAGUGGAUGUUCAUCACCCCGAACAUGACCUCGGACGGCCACGACUCCAGCGUCACCGUCGCAGGGACCUGGACCCGCGACUUCCUCGAGCCGCUACUGGGCGACACGCGCUUCAUGAAGAACACGCUGGUGCUGGUGACGUUCGACGAGAACUCGAGCUACGCGAAGCAGAACCGCAUCCUGGGCAUCCUGCUGGGCGACGCCGUCCCCGAGAACCUGGCCGGGACGACCGACGACAACUUCUACAACCACUACAGCGAGAUCGCAUCGGUGCAGGCCAACUGGGGCCUGCACACGCUGGGGCGCUGGGACGUGGGCGCCAACGUGUGGCAGGUGGUGGCCGACGCGACGGGCGACCAGGUGCGGCCAUGGUCGGGCUCCGUGCCGUUGGCCGACAUGUACUGGAACCAGAGCUACCCGGGCGUGUUCAACAGCAAACCCGCGGGCUCCGUCUACCCCAAGCCGAACCUGUGCAUCCAGCGGGCCGGCAGGAAGGUCGCCCCCGUCGUGGGUGAGACGUGGAAGGGAAACAAGAACCCGACGUAUUACGAGGACAAGCUCGAGAUCCCGGACGGGCUGCACCCGCCCCAGACCAAGUGAGGAUUGACGUCCGAUAAUGUACUGAUCAACAAAAAGUCGAAUCGUAGCUGAAUCCUGUGGAAUAAUAGACAGAUAGACAUCACAUCUCUAGCCCCCUCGCCGUUUCUUUGGACGCAGAGGUCGUUGUAUUUGGCCACUUUUCCCAGCUUACUCCUGAGUUGCUGGCACCUUGCAAAGUGGUCUCAUUGCGAUGCGUACCAAUGAGUAUAGUGGGGCAUCACCAACCGCGGGAUGCCCAAGAUCUGAAGAUCAAGGUGGAUCAAUCCACCCCCGCCCCCGCAUAAUCAAAACAAUCGAAAACACAGCUCGAA